CUUACACACACUCCCUUAACAGACUCCUGCUCUCAGUUUCAACCAACACAUGGAAAUGGAGAACCAAAUGGAAAGCCAGAAGAGACGAGGACAGAGCCAAGACGAUUUAAUAUCUGAAAGGACAGGAGCUUUGGGAUGCGUUGGCUGGAUCUUAGUCAUUCUCUCUGGCCUCCUCACAUUUCUCCUCUUCCCCAUCACCAUCUGGUUCUGCCUGAAGAUUAUUCAGGAGUAUGAGCGCGCUGUCAUCUUCAGACUGGGCCGCAUUACAGACAGAAAGGCUAAAGGACCAGGAAUUUUCUUCAUUUUGCCGUGCACUGAUACCUUUGUGAAAGUGGAUCUGCGAACAGUUUCCUUUGACAUCCCACCACAAGAGAUCCUGACCAAAGACUCAGUUACUGUUUCUGUGGACGGAGUGGUGUACUUCCGGGUCAGUGACCCCAUUGCCUCUGUGGCCAACGUGUCCAAUGCUGACUUCUCCACCCGUCUGCUGGCUCAAACCACCCUCAGAAAUGUCCUGGGGACUAAGAACCUAGCAGAGCUCUUGUCUGACCGCGAGGGCAUCGCUCACAGCAUGCAGUCCAAUCUAGAUGAAGCAACCGACCACUGGGGCAUCAAGGUCGAGCGUGUGGAAAUUAAAGAUGUGAAGCUGCCACACCAGCUGCAGAGAGCCAUGGCUGCUGAGGCAGAGGCUUCACGAGAGGCCAGAGCCAAGGUGAUUGCAGCCGAAGGAGAGAUGAAUGCAUCUCGUGCCCUGAAGGAGGCAUCUCUGGUGAUCGCAGAGUCUCCGUCAGCCCUGCAGCUUCGCUACCUGCAAACUCUCAACACCAUCGCAGCAGAGAAGAACUCCACCAUCAUCUUCCCCCUGCCCAUGGAUGUCAUAUCUCACUUCAUGCGAAAGUGAUACCUCAGUUUGCUCUAAAGUCUACUCAGUGAAACAGCAAUUGGAUCAGAUCAGGAUACAUUUGUACUCCUUGUAAAGUAAAUUGAUAGCAUAACAUAUAAUUCAAUGCAUGUAUGGUUGCCAUUUCAUCAGACUUAUAAAAUAAAAUGUUUAUAUAGUCAAGCUGUAAUCAGGCCAGGCUUGUGAACCAAUGGUAUUUUAAUUAAAUCAACUGCAGUCAGCAUAGUUUACAUGACAAAAUAUAUAAUAAAACUGUUAUAAUAUGUUGUUAAAAUUAUAUAUUAGAUAUGGCCUUAUUUGUGAUUUAUAUAUGAUGCAGAAGUAAUCUUUUUUUGAUACUGAAAUACAUAUAAAAUAUUUUUAAAUAGUCAUUUUGAGUUAUGAGAGCAUGUUUAUGUUGUUUAAUGUUGAAAAAAAAACCUGUAUUUUUUUCAUGCUAUCUGUAUGAUUUUGAGCGCAUAUGGUCAGUGUUUGGUCUUCUGUAUUUGCGCUCUCAGUGUCUCUGCACCAUCAUUGCAGCCAGGGAAUGGCACAGUAAUUGCACUUCCUACCUUAUAUAUAAUAUAGUUGCAACAUCAUAACCUUAGGUAUGUCCUCAGAGCUAGUGUAAAGACUUCCAGCUCCUGUGCCUUUCUCUUUGGAUGCAGUGUUUUGGUCUUUAUCUAGUACCUCAAGCUCUUUUAUAAUCAAAAGAGACAUGGGAAUAUCACUUUUACCGUAUGGGACCUUUAAAUAAAACAAUGGCAUCUCAUGACUUUUCUUUAAUUAUUUUAAUACUGUGUUCUCCCCAAAAAGUACAAAUAAAAGCAUCAACAUACUUUGUAUACAUUACAUGUUGAACUAUCUCAUUCCUCGUCCUCUAGGCGUCCUACGCUACAGUUACAUUUUGACCAUCACAAAUGCGGAGAGGUAAACGAAGAGAAAGGGA